UUACAGUACCUUCCUCUACCGAUUACACCGCUCCGCUUUCGUUACACAGUCCAUUAUCAUUGAGAGUAGUGGACACCCUCCCCCCCUCCCCCCAUCACACUUACUGCUGCUGCUGUUCCUGCUGCCGCCGGCACACCGCGCCUUACCUCGCCUCGCCGCCUAUACCCGCCCCGUGCGACAUGCGAAAAACAGUCGACGAAAGCCGCUGCUGGAGUGUUCGAGCCUCAGGACGUCGAAGCAGUCAAAGGCCGCAGCAGAAGACACAGACGGCGCCCACAUUCAUUCCUUCAUCAUGAGUGAUAAGGCGUCUCGGCGACGGAGUGGGGCGUGGAGUUCUGAUGUGUUGGAGCAGGACAAGCCGCGCAGCAAGAAUCGCUGGGGUAAGGAGAAGUACAGGACGAUCAAGGAUGCAGACAGACCGCCCAAGUCUCCCAUGUCCACCAGCAGUACGCAAACAGAGGCUAAGCCCACCACCACUACCACCACCACCACCUCCUCCUCCUCCGCUGCCGCCGCCACUACCUCCUCCACCGGCACGGGCACCACCAACACCAGCACCACCACCAGUAGGGCCGUCAGUAGACGGCCCUCAAUGGGUCUGCGUCAAGGUAGCACUGCAGUCAACAGCAGUGGAACGCAGACCAUUCGGGCGGUAACACCCGAAAACGAGCACACGGGAAGGGACGUGUCAAUGGACCACAAUGACCACAAUGACCGGAAUGGCAACGGCAAUCUCCCUGUCAACACCAUGAACUCGACGAAUUUCGAGCAGGUUUUCAUCCCGCACACGACAACCACUAUUGUGGGCGGGGCAGCAGCGCGCGACAGCCCGGGUGCCUCAUCGAGCAGAAGCAGACGCCGCGGCGAUCGCGACCGCGACCGCGACAGGGACCCAGAUCACAGCCACACCAUCAGUCCGGCCAGCAGCAGGAACGGCAGUGUCAACAUCUCCAGUACCUCCUUUCUCGCACGUAGCGGCAGCGGCAGCAAGAGCAAUGGACAGCGCACACAGGGCAUCAUGGCAGAAAGUGAUACGUUUCAGCGUCCGCGCACGAGCACCAGCGCGAGCGAAGAGCAGCGUCGAAGAGGCUAUGGAGACUCGUCGCUCAAUGCGAAGAUUAAGCAACGGGUCGGCAGCGUGCAGUCGCCAUCAUCGCCCAUAGGUGGAGCGGAGUAUCUGGCGUCGGUGCCAGCGCCGACAGAGCCUCUCACAGCACCCUCUGUUUCAUCGCUCGGCUCGCCUGUGGGAUCGCCUUCCCACACACCGCAUGGCCACCGCUCCAUCUCACCCGUCUCCACCAGCACGGCCGACUCGAUAACAUCGGCUCUCCCCAGUGCGAAUGUGAGGCGCAUUCUCCAUUUGGCCAAAACCUUGAAUGGCAGAAUGAGUGGCAACGUCAUCUUUCGUCGCGGUCAUGGAAAUCCAUGGAGUCAAAGCUAUUGCUACAUUCACGAAGAAAGUGGCAGCCUGAUGUAUGAAUCGAGAGGCAGCGAGGGCGCUCACAAGACGCUGAUCCCGGAACUGCGAGGCUCAUCUGUGAGAUCGAAUCUGGAUGGAGACAUGCCUUACCUCGAGGUGACAUUUUUAGACCGACCAGACGAAGUUCAUAUCAAGCUGCAGACACAAUCUGACUUCGAUGCUUGGUAUGCGGCUCUAUUGCACUGGACACCCAGAGACUCGAGUUCCGUCAGUAGUAAUGAGACUCGUCCGAAUGCAGACAGCACCAGGUCAUCGACUAUAUCCGAACACACCAAGCGAAGAGCUUCUGUGAACAACCCUGUCAGUCCCACGACAAGAGAUCGUGCUGCUAGCAACAGGAGUCACAGGAGCGAUCGCCGGAAAUCCGUCAUAACCGCCCAGCCCAAGGAGAACCCUGUCAUCAAGAUUGGUAAGAUGAUUUACUGGGAUACCAACAUCGGACAUAACAGCUCGAGCGCCUCUGGGCUUGGACAACCAUCGUCGAGCAGGCCGAAAUCCAAUAGGAUGCAAAGUGUGGGCUCGCGCAGAUGGAGACGUAUCAGUGGGCAACUGCGCGAGAACGGUGAGCUGAAGCUCCACUCCGACGCAGACAACUCUUUGAUCUCGGUGGUACAGCUGAGUCAAUUGAGUCGGUGCGCCAUACAGCGACUGGACUCGAGUGUUCUGGAGAACGAAUUCUGCAUUGCCAUAUACCCACAGUAUACGGCAAGCUACACCAACACACAGCCAGGAUUCAUUCGACCCAUCUUCUUGAGCUUGGAGAACCGCGUGCUGUACGAAGUGUGGUUCGUACUGUUACGUGCCUUCACGAUGCCUUCCAUAUAUGGACCACGCAUCGAUGCAGAGCACGAAACGGGCAACCAAGGCUCCAACCGAGACCUCGAAAGCAUGAUAGCAACAAGUACGACUUAUACCUUCCGGAUGGAACGGAGCCUGAGCGUCAGGGUUGUCGAAGCUAAAAUGCAGUCUCCCAAUGCUGGCGAAUCCAGUUCGGGUCUUGGCAGUGGCUUCAGCAGACAACAGGCCCAUGGGCAUGGUUACUAUGCAGAAGUACUCCUGGACAACGAGACCAGAGGCAAGACGGUCGUCAAAUACGAGGGUCUGAAUCCAUUGUGGGGUGAGAGUUUCGAAUUCCAGGAUCUGCCACCCGUACUCAACAAUGCGAGCGUGAUUAUCAAAAGGCGGCCGCCUGAGCAUGAGCAUUCCAAACAGGACAGCAAACACAAAACGCACGACACAUACGGCGAAGAGCAAGGCGGCUUCACGAGUCUGGCAUAUGACCACAACUGCGGCAAGGUGGAAAUUCAGAUGGAGGAGCUCGAGCCGGAGAAGGAAGUGGAGAAGUGGUGGCCAGUGACGAACAUGCAUGGACAGCAUGUGGGCGAAGUAUUGAUCAAAGUUCGUGCGGACGAAGGCAUCAUUCUCAUGGCGCGCGACUAUCAGCAGCUGAGUGAGUUGUUGCACCGGUUCUCGAAUGGCUUAACGCUACAGAUCGCCCAGAUGAUACCCAGCGAGUUGAAGAGGCUCAGCGACAGCCUGCUCAGCAUAUUCCAGGUAUCGGGAAAGGCUGGUGAUUGGAUCAUGGCAUUGGUGGAAGAGGAGAUUGAUGGCAGUCACAAGGAGACGCCCAUCACGAAAUUGAGGUACAGCAGACGUGUGGGCUCCGAAAGCAGCGGCGACCCGCUUGGAACUGGAGCUCCCAACAGUGAUCGCGAGCUGGUCGUGCGCGAUCUUAACAAGAACGCCACUCUCGAAGCAAACUUACUGUUCAGAGGCAAUACGCUGCUGACUAAGAGCUUAGAUACUCACAUGCGACGCGUGGGCAACGAGUAUCUGCAGGGCUCACUCGCUGCCAAGCUCCAGGAGAUCAAUGAUAAGGAUUUGGACUGUGAAGUGGACCCGAACCGUGUUGGCUCACCUCAGGAUGUGGACCGCAACUGGAGGAGGCUGUUACUCUUCACACAAGAAGUCUGGAAAGGUAUCGUGGCGCACCGACACAGGUGUCCGAUCGAGCUCAGGGUGAUAUUCCGACACAUUCGCGCGUGCGCAGAAGAUCGGUACGGAGACUUCUUGCGGACCGUCAGCUACAGCAGCGUCUCCGGAUUCUUGUUCCUCCGCUUCUUCUGCCCUGCUGUGCUCAACCCCAAGCUGUUUGGACUUCUUACUGAUGACACCAAGCCUCGAGCACGCCGCGCGUUCACUCUGAUUGCGAAGUCGCUGCAGACCAUGGCGAAUAUGGCCUCCUUCGGCACCAAGGAGCCGUGGAUGGAGCCCAUGAACGCGUUUCUGGUUCAGCAUCGCGAGGGCUUCAAGACCUUCAUUGACGAUAUUUGCCAUGUGCCGACGCCGAUUUCAGGCAGUAGCUUUCCCAAUUCCGGAGCGUCGCCAACCUGGCCAUCCGACAUCGUGAGCACCGAACGACAUCUGAGCUACACCACACCCAUGACAAUCAUGCAACGACUGCCACCCAGUAGUCGAGAAGGCUUCCCGAGCUUGCCGUAUCUCAUUGAUCAAGCCAGGUCUUUUGCGGACCUGAUCCACCUCUGGCUGGAAGCACUGGCGGCACUAUCAAGCAGCCAUGAUUCAGCGGCAUUGCCAGGAAAGACACAUAGCGACAUUGUCAACGCAAUCAAUGCCUCGGGGGGCGAUCUCCGGGAGUUUCACGAGCUCUGCGAAGAGCUGAAUGCCCGGACACAAGAAUGCCUCAAUCGCGCCGAGCGCGCCGAGCGACCUGAUAGUCCCGGCAGUUUCCAGUGGGAGGAUGUGAUCAACCAGCUGCAGAAAUCUCACGUGCGAGGUCAGCCAGCCAAACCAGGCCAGGACCCCUUCGACGUGGUGGCAGAGAGGAUUGCUACUGAUCCAUCGAUACUGCCAGACGAUGCCAACCCAGCAAUCGAAGCUACACUUGCACAACUUCGGGGCGAGCCUGCUUCCGAGGCCGUGUCGGAUGACGAUCUGACGAAGAGUGCAUAUGGCGAGCGCUACAUCCCCUCUGCUGAAGCGGCUGUACCCGGCAUGUCCCGAUCGCAAAGUGAAUACACUGUGCGACCCGGAUCGCACAGCCUGGACGGCAGUACAGUGGGUGGCAGCACUUUUUCGGGCGGGAUGAAACGCGAUUAUCCGCAGAGCAUCGGCUCCCCCCAUGCAUCUGUCAGUGCAAGCAUGAGCAGCGCGUCCGGAAUUUCGACUGCUGUGACCAGCGAUACCGAGCGCCAGAUGACAACCGCUCUGCCAUGUUACCAGAGGGAAAUUAGCCAUCGGGAACGACGAGAGGCUGCCAAAUUAUUGAUCCGGUCCCAGGUGGAAGCGGAUCGAGUUCGAGACAAGGAGAAGAAAGAACGGAAGACGAACAAGCUGAUUCCUCCUGGAUUACGAAAGAAGAAGGAUAAGGAUGUGCCAUCACGAAGCGCUACCAGCACGCCAUUGGAAGGGCAGUGGAAAGAAAAUGGCGUGAUUUGAUGACUGGGUUGUGACACAUUGGAAUAUGAGCGAGCAUUGCGUUGUUGUGUCGUGAAAAGCACGAACUGAGAUACCUAUUUUUUGUUGUCAUGUAUCUUUUGGAGAGGAGAAGGAGGAGGCAGGGAAUUUCGGCUGAAUUUCAUGGUGUGGUAACGUGUGAUCAGGAAGAUCCGAUCGUGACGAAGGGGCGGUGGGAACAGACAUUAUCAAGCAGCUGAGAAAUAGACGGAGUGGUUCCCUGUUGUCGUGGCCGACCAGAUAUCUGUCAGAUUCUGUCCGCAGAAAGCCAGCGGUAGCAUCGAUAUAGGAAGAGCAGUUUUGCUGGAAUACUACGACCUCGUGUCCAUUGGUGAACCGCGCGCGUAUGCAUC